GAAGCCAGGGAAAUCGUCAUGUGGGCCUUAGUAUUUUAUUUCACAAGAGAGCUCUAUGAGGAAACAUGGGUUAUCUGCAAAUCUUCGACUCGGAAAUCCCUGCAUAUUAAGAAAGGUAUUGGCUAAAUUUGAGCAGCUCACGCAGCAUCUAGAGGAAAUACUGUUAAGCGGGAUAGCGUAGCGUCUGAGAUGCGGUUAUAGGUAUACAAACAUAACUCAAGGCGCGGAUUAGGAAGGCCAACUUUGAAGGGGAAGUCUUCGCCCUGUCAAAUGCUGAAGGUCUGCUUUCAGUGUUUGAGCGUCUGCACUUGGGGAGUUUUCAGCUGAGUUCUCAGCCUGGUUUCACCUGUCGACUUGCUCCAGGCCAAACCAGAUUUUGAAAAGGAAGGCAACUUCUUUUUCGCCGCAAACCCUUUGACCCACGCACCUUCUCACAACUCUGCCCUUCCCAACCCCUGAGCUAGUGUAGGCAGGGCGGAAGGCGCUGAGGAGAGGCUCAGGAGGGGCGGUGGGGACAUGGGGACGAUCCCCUUUCGAACUGCAUUUGUAGCUGCCAAGGAGUAGCCAACAAGCACCAGAUUUAUGUGCACUUUGAAAGAAGCACCUUCACCAUUGGCUUUUUAAGCGGCGCUGUCGCUAGGGAGCGGCUGGAAGAGCGAGCAGCCUCGGGGAGAAGCCCGAGCUGUUUAUUCCCGUCACCUGGGCGAGGAGGCACACACAGUCGCGCGCGCACGGACGGACACACACAGGCACACACGCGGGCGGCUAGUUCGAGCCCCGCGGCCCCGGUCCGCCCGCGUGCACCCCUCGGCGCGGCUCGCUCCCCGCCCCCAGAUCCCUGCUGCUGCCGCCCAGAGGAGAAAGGAACCUCUGCCUCGAAUUUCUCUCACGGCGCGGGGCGCUGCGGAGACCGGCGAGGGUGGGCACGAGGCGGAGAACGCGAUGAAUGAGUUCUCCCCUCGCCUCGGAGUUGUCUGAGUUGGCGGCGCUGCGCCCAGGCUUCCGGCUCUCAGCGCCCCACGCGCGCGUGGCUCCCCGGGCUGCCACCCACGCCCACGGCGGGGGCCGAGCCAGCCACGCAGGGCAGCCGAGGCUCCGGAGCUCCUGUCCUGGCCCCAGUCCGGGGAAAAGGAGGGUUGUCCCCAGCGGAGGCGCACGGCCGCGCGGUCUCCCCGCACUCCCUCCGCGGUCCCAUCUGUUCCCCAUGGCGUCUCAUCCGCAAACCCGGAUCCAGGCUUACCUGGAGAAGAACAAGAUCGGUCCCCUGUUUGAGGAAUUAAUGACCAAGCUAAUAACUGAGACACCUGACCAGCCAAUCCCAUUUCUCAUUGACCAUCUUCAGUCAAAACAAGGGAACCGUGGACAACUUCAAAGGACUUUGUCUGGAUCUGCAGCUCUAUGGGCAGAAAGCGAAACAUCAGAAUCCAAAGGAACAAGACGGGAUUUCAGAAGCUAUGAUAAACCUUGGCAAUUAAAUGCAAAGAAGCCUAAAAAAUCAAAAAGUGACCUUGCUGUGUCUAAUAUUUCUCCACCAUCACCGGACUCCAAAUCAUGUAUUGCAAUUUCAGAUGAACUUGAUAAGGAAACAGUGGCAUUUAAUUCUUCCCUUCUGAGGCCCCGUGUGAUUGGAGAAUGGAUUGGUAGAGAAGAAAAUGAUGCGGAUCCCCUAGCCGCUGAAAUGCUACAGCCUCCAAUUCCAAGAAGCAAAAAUGACCAAUGGGAAAGUGAAGACAGUGGCUCUAGCCCUGCAGGAAGCUUAAAGAUGGAGCCUAAAACUAAAGGAUUAAAACAGCAGCAACAGCAACAUAAGAAACUCCUGGCUGCGAUGCUCUCUCAAGAUUCUUUUGAGUCCAUCCACAGCCCUACCCCAUCCGUAACAGAAGAAGAUAUUGAUAAUGAAGAUGAUGCAAUGGAAUUGCUGGAGGAUCUUAAUGAUUUAAGAAUGGAGGGAGUAACAACCCUGGUACCUUCUGGGAGCAAAUUUAACCAAGGCCGUCCUACUUACCCUGCUGAGCCUCAGGCCAAGGUCACACUGAACAUCUGUUCAAGGUGUGCCAGGCUUCAAGGAGACAACCUGGCAGAAAGGACAGAAGAGGCACUACCUGUACUCCAUUCUCCAGAUGAAAAAAUCCCAGAUUCCUUCGAUUCCUUACCUGGGACUGAAGAAGCACUAAUGGAGGAGGGUGAAGAAUUUGAGAAGGCAUCUGUAGUAAUGGGACCUGGAGAAGCCUCAAGUGGAGGAGGAUACUCACUGAAAAACUACAUGGAAGAAGAUGAAUCCUUAAAGCAACUGCAAGUAGUUCAUCAACCAUGGAUCUUGCCAAGUGACACAGAAAGUGAAGGAGUGGAAGCAGAACAAGAGAAACGUUCUGCUGAUCUUCUUCUUUGCGUUCCAUGCUCUUCUUGUCCUACACUGGUCUACUCUGGUUUGUGAAAUAGACAGAAGAAGUUGGAAGUGGUCCUUAAAGAAACUGCAGUUAUUCAAAUCCUUAUCUAUAGUUCUAAUUUUAUUUACUAUGUGUAAUCAUUUAGAGAAUGGUUAUUUUUAUAAUCUCAAUAAUAAACAAGUACUAUUGUAACCAGGGGGUGCUGAAGUAUGUAAUCAGAGAAUAUUAAUCCUACCAAAGGAUUAUGGGGUGGUCAGGAGGCCUGCAGCCUUUUGGCAUGGUUAGUGUCUUGGGUUUAGAUUACUUUAUACAUAGUUAUUAAGAUUAAUAUUUGAUAUAUUAAAUAUUGCCUGAUUCAAAUAACUUUGCUUAAAAUUUUUCUGUAUUUUAACUUGUCUAGGGUUUUCUACUUCUAUUUUUAUAAUAUUUUCUCAUUUUUUAGAUUAAUAAACAUUAUACUUAUCCACAUGUGCCAAGAUGUGCCAUUUAGGUCUCCGCAGAUGUUAGCUGUUUGGUAUCAUCACCUGCCAUACAUGUUGUGUGCGGCAGUAAGAAGUAUAUUCUCCACCACUGCCCCUUCUCAUGAUUAUUUUCUCUAUUCCUAUCAAAACAAAUAAUUGAUAUGUUAAUUCAAUAAAGCAAGCCAAUAAGGAAUGAAAUGCAUGGCCCAAAACAUAGACAAUAAAAAUCGUUUGACCAUUUAUCCAAUUAUUGAACCCAAUUAAUAUUAUUCAUUUUAAAUUUAAUAUAUGCUUGCUUUUGGAAUGUGUUGUGCAUUGAUGCUAAGUGAAUGGAUCUAAGUAAAUCUAUUGAGUAUCUCUACUGUCUGUUUUAUUUGUCUUUUAAUCUGAGUUUUCUUUCUGGACCUUUACGACUUAAGGUUAAAUUAUAAAACUAUGUAACUCUCAAGGAAACAAAUGUUAAAGGCCAGAACAUGGAUAAAUAAUAAAAAAAUUCAGAUUGUACAGAUUAAGUCAAUUCCCUAAAUCAAGUAAUAUAACAGUUUUUCUUCUGUUAAUAUUUUCUUUUGUUUAGAAACUCAUGUAACUCAUUUUCAUAAAACUUUUGUGUUUUAUAGGUAGAAAAAAGAAAGGUUUAGAAACAGUAGAUUUUUUAGUCAGAAAGGAGAGAAGUCAAGACAGUAAGUUCAUGGGACAAGAACACUCCUCUAUUGAAAAAUCCUUGCCAUGAGGAAUAUUUCUUCAAAAAUGUUCACCUGAGGAUCCAAAUGGUUUUUCUAUUGGAAAUAUUUUUUCUUUAAAAUAUGUCACCCCUAAUGCUUUCAUUGGAGCCACACUUUCCUCCAACCAUUGCCUGGUGGGUUUUCAUCCUCCUUUUGCUCACUGAGAUUUUCCUGGAAAUAGUUGCCCUACUAAGUGCCUCAUCAGCCUCAAGAAUCGGAUUCCCAAGGAUAUCAGAAUGUGUAUUACUGAAGGUGCUGUCAAAGAUAAAGAAACCCAGACACUAAGGGAAGUGGUAAAGACAAAUUUUCAUUAGUCAUUAACUAUUGCAGUAGAGAAGUAGAUCCAGUGUGAACUGAACAGAACUUUGAUUUGCACAGAGGUGACCAGACCUCAUAGAAGAAGAAUGAGGAGCUAGGGAGGGGGAACAGCAAGAGCUUGAGCAGAAUCAGGGAAGUGGACAUUUACAAAAUGUGAGAAAGUGGAGUUGAUCCACGUGGAGCUAUCUGGGUUUGCUAACCGAUGCUUAUCAAAGUCAGAUUCCUACCCUCCCUCAGAGACUGGGAGACAGGGACCCUAUUCAGGUGUUGGCUAGAACAAAAUAGUAAAAUUGUUUUACAGCCUUGAGCUUUCUCAGUCAGGAAGUUAUGAUUCUGGAGUCAUCAUCCCAAGGACAUACCCUUGAAGUGUUAGAAACUACGUUAGUAUUUGUUGAAGUCAUUUAAUGUGGGGGUUGGGGUAGAUGAAAUUUGUUUAUCUGACAGUUUUUCUAGGCCAAGGUUGAAGGUUAGUUGAAAAGAGGACUGAGAGGAGCCUGGCUGGUGUUUAAUCAACGAGAAAAUCUUCAUCAGCAGCUGUGAGGCAGGACACACACACACACACACACACACACACACACACACACACACACACACGUGCGCGCGCGCGCGCGCGCGCGCCAAUCUCUGCUCUCUUUUGUCAAUGCCUUUAACCAUUUUCGGAGGCCAAGGACAGAGGCCAAAGCUAGUGAACAGCUAAGUACAAAAUCAGGAAAUUUCUCCAGGUUGCUUCCCGAUCUUUCGUUUCAAAUGUCACACAUGAAACCUGAAUUUCUUGGCACCCCUCUUGGCUCCCAUUACUCUUUUUGCCUCUUUUGGGUUUCUUGACAUAGCUCCAGAUUUACUGCAAUGAUGAAGCUUG